UACCCAGAAGUUUUUUUUCUUUUAGCUCUCAGAAUGAAGGCACUGUCCAUUCCUCUGCUGCUGGUCAUGUUUUUGGCCAGUCUUCCUGCAGGAUUCUGCGAUACAGAUCCUCAAGAUGUGGCUGCGCUUCAAUCUUUAAUGAGAGGGUGGCAGAACUUCCCAUCAAGUUGGAAAGCAUCAAGUGAUCCCUGUGGUGCACAAUGGGAUGGGAUUACGUGCAACAAUGGGCGAGUUACAUCAAUGAGGCUAUCAAGCAUCAACCUUCAAGGCACAUUAGGCAGCAGUAUAGGCCAGCUCAGUGAGCUUGUUUACCUGGACCUCUCCUCCAACAGUGGUCUUAGUGGCUCAUUGCCCACUUCAAUUGGCAAUCUCAAGCAACUUACAACACUAAUCUUGGCUGGCUGCAGCUUCACAGGAGGCAUUCCCCAAGAAUUAGGAAAUUUGGUGCAGCUCUCAUUCCUGGCUCUGAAUUCAAACAACUUUACAGGCAGAAUUCCUGCUUCAAUCGGCCUACUCACCAACCUCUUCUGGCUAGACUUGGCAGAAAAUCAGCUUUCUGGUCCAAUUCCAAUUUCAUCAACCACUUCUCCAGGACUUGACCUACUUACACACACCAAACAUUUCCAUUUCAAUAAAAACCAAUUAACUGGUACUCUCAACGGCCUCUUCAGCUCUAGCAUGAGACUCGAACACAUAUUAUUUGACAACAAUCAAUUGUCUGGUCCUAUCCCUGCUGAACUUGGUAGCAUCACCAGUCUCCAGAUUCUCCGAUUAGAUAAGAACAGAUUCACAGGAGCAGUCCCGACCAACAUCAGUAACCUUGUCAACCUAAAUGGACUGAACUUUGCAGACAACCAGCUGCGUGGAACAAUGCCAGAUCUCAGCACCCUGACAAAACUUAAUGCCAUCGAUUUAAGCAACAAUUCAUUUGAUCCGUCUGUCCUACCAGCCUGGUUGCUGGCACUGGAAACACUUACUUCAAUAGUGAUAGCUUCUGGAGGGCUGUAUGGCCAGGUUCCCAACAGGAUCUUUACCUUGCCUGAACUGCAGCAAGUUAUACUAAGCAAUAAUGCCUUUAACGGUACACUUGACAUGACUGGUAACAUCAGCCAACAACUGCAGAGAGUAAAUCUCCUAAACAAUCGUAUAGUUGAGGCCAAUAUAACACAAAGCUACAACAGAACACUAGUACUUGUGGGGAAUCCUGUGUGCUUGGAUUCUGAAUUCUCCAGUAGCCACUUUUGCAGCAUUCAGGAAGACAGCAUAAUACCAUAUGUUACUAGUAUAACCAAAUGCGGCUCAACUUCAUGUUCCAGUGAUCAAAGCCUAGACCCUGCGAAUUGUGGCUGUGCCUACCCCUACAUGGGUACAAUUUUCUUCAGGUCACCGCUGUUUGCAGACUUCACAAACAAUGAGCACUUUCAGCAAUUGGAAACUAGCCUCUGGACAGAGCUGGGACUGCAGGCUGGUUCAGUUUUCCUUUCUGAUGUCCGUUUCACAAGUGAUGAUUACCUCCAAGUUAAAUUGAGAAUGUUUCCAUCUACUGGAACAUCCUUCAACGUGUCAGAAGUAACAAGGAUAGGCUUUGAUCUUAGCAAUCAAACUUACAAGCCACCACAAGGUUUUGGACCUUAUUUCUUCGUCGCAGAUCCAUAUGCCCACUUUGCAGGAGCAGAUGACAGUGGAAAAUCAAAAAUAAGUACAGGUGCUGUUGCUGGAAUUGCAGUAGCAUGUGGUCUUGUUCUGACUGCCCUAACUUCCUGGGCAAUAUUUUCUUUUUUACAAAAGAGAAGGACAGAGGAAUUAUCAGGACAAACAAAUCCUUUUGCUUCAUGGGGAAUUGCUCAAAAAGACAGCGGAGGUGCCCCACAGCUGAAAGGAGCAAGGCUUUUUUCUUUUGAUGAACUAAAGACUUGCACCAACAAUUUUGCAGAAAACAAUGAAAUAGGAUCAGGAGGUUAUGGAAAGGUUUACAAGGGAAUACUAGCAGAUGGAACAAGUGUGGCAAUAAAACGAGCAGAGUAUGGAUCGAAGCAAGGUGCAUUGGAAUUCAAAAAUGAGAUCGAGCUGCUAUCCAGAGUCCAUCACAAGAACCUGGUAAGUCUGAUAGGAUUUUGCUAUGAACAAGGGGAGCAGAUGCUGGUAUAUGAAUAUGUUAGCAAUGGAACAUUAAGACAGAACUUACAAGGUAUGUACACAGAAUCUAAUAAUUACAAAUCCAAAAGUGUUAUGUUCUUUCCUUUUCCUUUCAUGUUUUACUAUAAGAAAUGUACUUGUUAUGCAGCAAGAGGAAUUUACCUGGAUUGGAAGAAAAGGCUUAGGAUUGCUCUAGGAUCGGCCAGAGGACUAGCAUAUCUUCAUGAGCUUGCCAAUCCACCGAUUAUCCACAGAGAUGUCAAGUCCACAAAUAUCCUUUUGGAUGACAGCUUUAAAGCAAAGGUUGCUGAUUUUGGUCUGUCAAAGCUAGUCGCAGACACUGAGAAGGGCCACGUUUCUACUCAAGUCAAAGGAACACUGGGCUAUUUGGACCCAGAGUACUACAUGACACAGCAGCUCUCGGAGAAGAGCGACGUGUACAGCUUUGGUGUUGUCAUGCUGGAGAUACUGAGUGGCAGGCUGCCCAUAUCAAAGGGCAGGUACAUUGUCCGGGAAUUCAGGAUGGCCAUAGACCCCAACGACCAAGACUACUAUGGCCUGCAAGGCAUCGUGGACCCAGCGAUCCAUGACGCCGCACAUACCACGGGGUUCAGGAGGUUCGUGCAGCUGGCAAUGGAGUGUGUGGACGAGUCGGCCUCGAGGCGUCCCACCAUGAACUCUGUUGUGAAGGAGAUCGAGGUGAUGCUGCACGACGAGGGGCUGAGCUCGGGCAGCUCAUCCACCGUGGAGUUUGAGCAUGCAGGGACCGCCUCUGCUUCGCACCUGUAUCGCGGGCCGGUGGUCACUGCCCGCUCGAACAGCAGCGGCAGCAUAGCGGGAGAACCACCCCACCCUGAGCUUAAACAUAGCGAACCGUAGAAGAGAUUGCUCGAUUUGCUGCCUUUUCCCAGAUCAUUUUGUUGUGUCAACUACACACUACUUUACUUGAUCCAUGUAUUCUACACAAUUUUCAUCAGCAAUAACAGCUGUUGCUGCUGCUACCACGCAGAAUUUUCCAGAACCAUAGCUAGAUUAGCAUGUGGUGAACCCCGGGUGGAAGUGAAAUCACCUCUUCCGGCAUUAUAAAAGCAUCGGCAAACGCAUCGAUCGAAGCCUCUGAAACUGCUUACCAGUACGAAUUGUGUGGGUGGGUGGGUGGGGGGGGGUUGAGGGGGGGGGGUGUGGCUCGAAU